ACUCUUCCUCACGCUUUAUCUCUCUCUCUCUCACAUUCCCGUACGAUGGCGACCGUUUCUCGUUAAGGCUAACGGCGGGAAAAAUGCUUCGUAACCUCCGGACACGUCGGCGGCCGCGUUACGGCGCGCAGGCUUGCGCCGUCAUCUCAGCGCUGCUCCUCCUCCUCUCAGUCUCUGUCCUGUACACGCGCCUCUCCCACGCCCCAUCUCACACUCGCCACCACCGCUACUUCACCAACUCACGAAACGACGUGGAAUCCAACCCCCUCCUCUCCGACACCCAAGACGACGACGUUUCCAACUCCGAAGACAAAAUCGACGAGCUCGACAUCGUCGAAGAAGAUCCACAGCAACAAGACGAAUCUGACGAAGAAGAAGAUGCAGAAGGCGACGGAUCGGAUCGGCCUCGGGUUUCGGGCUACUUCUUCGACCAUGUCAGUGGAGCCAUCAGGAGGUCGUUUAACAAGCGCUCGAUCGACGAGUGGGAAGACGAUCGCUCAGGGUCUGAGUCUGAGGAUCGGAGUAAGGCAGCGUUCGGGUCCGACGACGUGCCGGUGGACGAGAUGGUGCGGAGGAAGGCGAGCGAGGUGGUCUCGAUCGAGGACGCGUUGCUAGUGAAAACGACGGGUCGUGGGAGAGCCUCGCCAUUGAGGGAAGGCUGGGGGAGUUGGUUCGAUAAGAAGAGCGAUUUCUUGAGGAGGGACAAGAUGUUCAAGUCCAAUUUGGAGGCUCUGAACCCUCUCAACAAUCCAAUGCUUCAAGACCCCGAUGGCAUUGGUGUCACCACGCUCACGAGGGGCGAUCGCCUGGUCCAGAAAUGGUGGUUAAACGAGUUCAAGAAAACCCCAUUUUUGGCCAAGAAGCCGUUGAGCGUUUCGGACACGAUUAGGGUUUCGAAAUCCGGAGAAAACCACAUUGGAUUGAAUAGAGCAAAGCGUACAACUUUAGGUAAUGGAUUGAAUAGUAGGACUGUAAAUAAAAAGGAUGGGGUAUUGAAUUUGUCUGAUAAGAGAGACAGUAAGAGAGCAGAGCAUAGGACUUUUGUUGAAAAUGUAGGUAAUGGAUUGGAUAGCAAUAUAAUUAUGGAUUCCAAUAAGAAUGAUAAGUUGAAUGAUGAGUUGGGUUUAGAGGGUGGUGAGGUUGGGGAUAAGACUGAGUUUUCGGGUCAUAUAUAUGGGGAUGGAAAGAGAUGGGGGUACUACCCCGGUCUGCAUCCGCAUUUGUCGUUUUCGGAUUUCAUGGAUGCGUUUUUCAGGAAGGGGAAGUGUGAUAUGAGAGUUUUUAUGGUGUGGAAUUCGCCGCCUUGGAUGUAUAGUGUGAGGCACCAGCGGGGGCUUGAGAGUUUGCUCUCUCAGCAUCCAGAUGCCUGUGUUGUGAUGUUCUCAGAGACGAUUGAGCUUGAUUUUUUUAAGCAUAGCUUUGUGAAUGAUGGGUACAAAGUUGCUGUGGCCAUGCCAAAUCUUGAUGAAUUGCUGAAGGAUACGCGGACACAUGUAUUUGCUUCUGUCUGGUUUGAAUGGAGAAACACAAAGUUUUAUCCUACUCACUAUAGUGAGCUUGUCCGUCUUGCCGCUCUCUACAAAUAUGGUGGAAUAUAUCUUGAUUCCGAUAUCAUAGUUUUGAAACCAUUGUCUUUGCUUAAUAACUCUGUUGGUAUGGAGGAUCGUCUCACUGAAAGUUCUUUGAAUGGUGCUGUGAUGGCAUUUAGAAAGCACAGUCCCUUCAUAAUGGAAUGCUUGAACGAGUUCUAUAUGACAUAUGAUGAUACCCGUUUGAGAUGGAAUGGGGCUGAUCUUUUGACAAGAGUUGCAAGAAGGUUUUCAAGUCAAGAGAAGACAUCCAGUAAACAACUUGAGUUGAAUGUGCAAGCAUCUUACAUUUUCUUCCCUCUCAGUUCUCAGAAUAUCAGGAGAUACUUUACUACACCCGCAACCGAGGCUGAUAAAGCUCAACAAGAUGCUUUGUUCAGAAAGAUUCUGAAUGGCUCGUUGACUUUUCAUUUUUGGAACAGCUUGACAUCUGCUCUCAUCCCAGAGCCAGACAGCCUUGUAACUAGGCUUAUUGAUCAUCCCUGUAUCCGAUGUUUCGACGUGUUGUGAAUUUCAUGGGAGACUUCUUUUGUCCAAAAUCUGUUCAAAUAGAAUGUAGCAAAUGGCAUCCAAACUUGUUGAAGCUUACAUUUUUUGUAGCUAUUCUUUGAGAAGUCUGAGGCUUUGAGUUGUAUCGGCCAUCUGAGUUUAGGUUGGCAAUUGUACAGAUUUAUUGGGUAUAUAUGUUGGUUGUAAUUAUUCCCUGAGGAUGCUGGAAUAAUCUCUCUUUCUCUCUACACUCGGUGGAUGAAGGUUUCCUUCUUGAUGGUGCAUAUGCUAUCUCCUUAGGCUUCAUUUUA